GACGCCACAAACGACAUGCUGAGCCGAGGCCCCCACAAGGCCCUGGCCGUCGCGGCGCUGGCCGCCCUGCUCGCGUGCUGCGACGUCCACGCGCGCCACCCCCGCGCGCGCAGAGCGGAGGCCACCACCGAGACCCCCUCCGAGACCUCCACCGAGGAGGUGGAACGCGCCUGCGACAACCUGACGGACGCCAGCACGGCGCAGUGGGCCCGGGAAACUUCGGAGGAUGACAUGAUGGCCUUGCUGAUGUCGUACGGCGGGCUGCCGUGGCAGGGGGAGAAGGACUCCAAGUACCUGGAGGAGCCCGUCGCACUGCCUUUCCUGAGCCGUCACCCGGUCGAAGAGGUCGACGACGUCGAGGACGAGGAUCACAAGGGCGAGAAGGACAACGACGAGGUCAAGGAUGUGAAGGACAAGGACGUGAAAGACAAGGACGCGAAGGACGAGGACGGGAAUGGCAAGGACGAGAAGAACAUGGACGGGAAGGACAAGGAUGGAAAAGACGAAAAGAAAGAGGACGAGCCUGAAGACGACGAGGGCGAGGACGACGACGAUUCUGAUGUGAUAGACUACUUCCCUGACUUCUUUGAUUCAAACCCAGAUGAGUCCAUGAAGUACAACUACAGCGCGUCGGACUUCUCCACCUUCAUCCGCGUGGAGAGGGCCAUCUCCAUCCCGCGCGCGCGGCUGCUGCAGGCCGAGCCGCGGGUGGUCGGCGAGGACGACGACGUGCCCGAGGUGGUGGAGGGCGUGGUGGGCGAGCUGUGGUGGUCGCCGGACAACGCCUGCCAGCACGCGGUCUGGAACCUGGCCUACGUGAUGCUGGUGCGGCCGCACAGCCGCCUCGUCACGCGCUUCCAGCUGCUGAAGAAGCAGUGCCUGUGGCCCAACGGCAGCGUCAGCCUGUACUGCGAGGGCCCCGACGCCGCGGCGCCCUUCGACAACCAGGGCAGCGACACCGGCCUGCUCAUCGCCGAGCGCCUGCUGGGGCUGCCCGUGCACGUCCGCAACGCCACGGCCGCGUAGCGCCGCGUAGCGCACCGCUUAGUGGUGUGCCGAUGCCUCGAAACCGAAUCGAAUCAAUUCGAAUCGGGGCACAUUCGAUUCGAUUCGCGUUUUCGCGGAAACGAAGCCGCAUUAUUUUGGGCCAAAUAGCAAAAAAGUGUCCAUUUUCUCCCUUUUUUAAUUAGACAUGAAUGGCGUUUAUCAACUUCGAUUCAUCUUGGAAUGGAAUCAAAUGUGCCCUUGUUCGAUUCGAUUCGAGACUGAUCGAUUCGCACAUCACUAUUGGCGCUUUCCGUCAUUCUCCUUGUCAUCCUUCCGCUAAUUAGACUCAUACUUUUGUUUUGUU